AUGCAGAGCCAUGUCCCCUUUGGAUAUCCCACGCCGCCCGCCUCGCCCACCUAUGACAAGUGCCAGUUCCAACAACCACCGCCGGUGCCUCAGCCUCAGUACCAUGCCCGCCAUCACCAGCAGUUCCAGCCUCAGCCUCCCGUCCGGUGCGUGCCCCUCGCGCCGGAGCAGCGCCUAGGCCGCCUCCUCGAGGGCAAGCUGCAGCUGACCGACAUCCUCGGCACCGGCGCCUACGGCGUCGUCUACGCGGCCGUCGACGUCGAGACGGGCGUCCGCUACGCCGUCAAGUGUCUGAGCAAGUUCGCCGCCGACGGCACGCCGCUGGAGCGCCGCCAGGUCGCCUACCAGCAGCGCGAGAUCAGCCUGCACUACCGUGCCUCGGCCCACGCCAACGUCGUCUCGCUGCACCGCAUCGUCCACGACGUCGACUGCGUCUACGUCGUCCUCGAGUACUGCCCCGAGGGCGACCUCUUCCUCCACAUCACCGAGCGCGGCCACUUUGUCGGCGACGACCCGCGGGCCAAGCGCGCCUUCCUGCAGAUCCUGGACGCCGUGGAGCACUGCCACGCGCUCGGCGUCUAUCACCGCGACCUGAAGCCGGAGAACAUCCUGGUGACGGACGGCGGGGAGACGGUCAAGCUGGCCGACUUUGGCCUGGCCACGGCGGAGGACCGUUCGGAGGACUACGGCUGCGGCUCGACGUUUUACAUGAGCCCGGAGUGCCUGGAGCCGACAACCGCGACGACGACCAGCCCGUUUUACAUGUGCGCGCCCAACGACGUCUGGAGCCUGGGCGUCAUCCUGGUGAACCUGACCUGCGGGCGCAACCCGUGGAAGCAGGCGUCGGCGCAGGACUCGACCUACCGCGCGUACGUGCGCUCGCCAGGCUUCCUCAAGACCAUCCUGCCGCUGUCGGACGACCUGGACGACAUCCUGGGCCGGGUCUUCCACCCGGACCCCGCCGCGCGCAUCACCAUGCCGGAGCUGCGCCGGCGCAUCCUCGCCUGCCCGAGCUUCACCGUCUCUCCCGAGCGGCCCGCCCGACCGGUGCUGGCCGUCACGGAGGAGAUCCCCGAGGACGUGAUUGUGGACGACUACGACUGCGACGACUACGAGGACGAGGAGGCGCUGUCGCCGGCGUCGGACUUUUCCGAGGAGGAAGGGUCGCUGGCGUCGAGCGUGUCGACGGUGGACGACCUGGAUGAGGAGGACGACUUCAUGCGAGAGGAGAUGGCGGCGGAGCUACUGCCCACGGGGACGACCUACGACGCGGAGGAGGCGAUGAUGGUCGCGCAGGCGUGCUUCCAGCAGCAGCAGUACAAUGGUCCCGUGCCCGUUCCGGCCGCCCCCGUACAACAGGUCCCGGUGCCCAUCCUCCCCUCGCAGCAGGCCCUGAUGCACCAACAGAUGCUCCUGCAGCAGCAGCAGCAUCACGCUCCUCCCCCCCCUCCCACGAUACCCUCGCAGCCGCCCUGCCAGCAGCACAAGUCCUUCUUCCCGCUCUGGGAGGUGGUCAAGCUGGUGCAACAGGCACCCGUGAUGCAGCACCCUUCGCCCUUUCACCAGCAGGUGUCCUUUCUCCCUUCCUUCCAAGGCUACUAA